AUGGCCUCACCAGAAGAAAUCGCAGGCAAAUGGCUCCUCAGCAUCUGCAGUCGAAAGCCUUCUGCAGAAAGAGAUGAACUCCUGACCCAUCUCGAGAAAAUAAAAUUCGACGAAUUCUUCACGCUUCAUGGAACAUCACCCGUUUUCAAGACGUACCAUAUCGAAGCCGUACGGAAGUGCCUCGCCAAAGAGCUGAGAGUGGAUUAUCCACUGGCGCGUGCGCUGCUGGAGAAAGAUGACUUGGGGGACUUGUUCGUCGGGGAGAGGGAUAUAUUGCAAGUUGCGAUUAAGAGGGCAAAGAUUGACCCAGGGUAUCUGGGUGAGGACCCGAGGAAGUCGAAUCCUGAGCUUUUGGGGAUGGUCAAGUUGCUUAUGGCUCAUGGGGCAGCCGUGAAUUGCUUGGAUGAUGAGGGGUACUCACCGCUUGUUUAUACUUGUAUGCUGGGUUACGAAGAGCUCUUUUGCUUCUUGAUCAAGUCUGGAGCGGACAUUUCUACACUCCAGCCACGCCGAUCUCCAGAGCAGCUCGCCAAGAUACGAAAGGCUGCUAAAAAUGGAGAGACUGUGGAAGAUGAGCCCAAGGAACAGGCAAACCUUCUUCAGGUCACCCUCGACGCUCUAAUCUCACCGCAGGAGAUUGUUGACAUGACGUGGGUCGGUUGGCCUCCUGGUGUGAACUUUGACGUGCCCUUAUGGGAUCUUGACAUCGAAUAUACCUGGGGAGGCAUCAUUAUGUAUUUGCUGAAGCAGGGUCUUUCAUGUCCUAAAGAUGAUUCGGGGUUAGUCAUGAUGCUUCAUAUUGCUUGCCGCAAAGGAGCGCUGGACGUUGUAAUGAAGUUACUGGCUUAUAAGGCCGCUGCUGAUGCCGCUGGACCAAGAAUGGUUGAUGGUGGGCAAGGCGAGGGAUCGACCUUUGGGACAGCGAUGCAUGCUGCAGCCGCAGGCCGCAAUAUCGAUAUCUCUUUGGCUCUCAUAGAGCAUGGCGAAAGUGCCAGAUGUCGUCGAAACUGUAUCUUCAACCGCGGAAGCACCAACGGGGAUCUGACACCCAUCGAAGUCGCGAUAGCUGCAGACCCUUAUGGAAGCGAUGAGAACCUCCUCGAGUUUCUGGAAGCCUUCAUGGCACACGCGAGCGAUCUCGAAGAUUCGGACUACCAGGCCGUGCUGAGAUAUUGCGCGCAGAACAAUAAGCUUGAAGCAGCCAACCGGCUUCUUGGCAGAGGAAUACGUCUCGAAGAAGUACCAACCUCAGUUUCGAGCGUCGAUAUGGCGAAGCUGCUUGUUUCUCAUGGUAUCAAGCUUGAUCCAGUGGCGUUGCAAGAGAGAGCACUGAAGAGAGGACGGUUAAGCCUUUUGCGCUGGUGUGUUGAUGAGUACGGUGCCAAACUACCCGAUGAUCUCAAGUCGUGGGGAGAGACGGUGACGUGGCUUCUCUGCUCUGGUAAUAUGUACCGCGAGCAGACGAUAUACCUCAUCACCGAGUACCCCGGUCCACAUAUCGACACGGUUCUUGUUUCAAGGCGACGUCUUCAUCGAGAGAAUCUUAAAGCAAAGAAGACAAGUUGGCUUCAUACGGCUAUUAUAAAACAUAAUUUACCGGUUGUCAAGAUGUUGUUGGAAGCCGGGGCUGAUGUUAACUGUCCUGGAUUACGUGCUGAUGCACGUACUGUGGUAAGGAAAGGUGGCCGAGGGUCGUUUCGAGACAUCGAGGAGUGGCUGGAGAUAGUUACAAUGCUGGAGAAGAAGAUGUCUGGUAAUGAGGGGUGGACUAUGCCUUCGUAUGGUGAGGUGAGGAAGCGCGUUGUUGAAACUGUGGCACUUGAGAGACGAGCUUGGGAUGAGAAGAUUGAGAGUAUGGUCGAAAGCAGACAGGAGGUUCCUCAUGCAACUCCAGAGCGGUCAGAUGACCCAGUGCCAUCUUCUCCUUUGGGAAUUGCCUCCUCGGCAGAUUUGUAUCAGCCUCUGAGGAGCAGUAGCUCCUUUCGACUUCUUGAACUCCUUCCAUCGAGCAACCGGACAGACCCUCUUGUCGGACGCUUGGUAGACAGCGAUAUCACUUUCCAACCAGACUAUGAAGCUUUGUCCUACGUCUGGGGAGACAUAACACCACUCAGGUACAUCAACCUCGGCGAUCAAGAAAUCUCAAUCACACCAAACCUCCACUCAGCACUCGUCCACCUCCGCUCUCCCAACACCGUCCGCACACUCUGGGUCGACGCCCUGUGUAUCAACCAAUCCGUCCACGGCGAACGAAACCAACAAGUCCGCAUCAUGGGCGACAUCUACAAGUCAGCGAGUCAAGUCAUAGUAUGGCUCGGCGACGAAGCCGAUGAUUCACACCUCGUAUUCCAACAUAUUAACGACGAAAGCAUUCCCGACUCCUUCCACAACGGUUCAACACCACCAGAAGAAAAGCGCCGUGCCUGGAACGCGCUUGUCAAAAGACCUUGGUUCUUCCGCACAUGGGUCAUCCAAGAGAUAGCUCUUGCGAAAAGAGCGGUCAUGAUGUGUGGAGACGAGGCGACAGCGUGGAGGGACAUGGAGAUCAGUUGGAAAGCAGACUUUUCGAAUGGUGCGAAGGGACUGUCGUCUUCACGUGGCGGUGAAGGGGAUCAUCCGAUCAAGGGAUUCGAUCCGGAUAGUCAUGUUUGGAGUCUGAGGAUGCUGGGGGUUGGUAGUGAUCCGAUGAGUAUUCUGAGGUAUAGCCGCGUUUGUCAGACUACUGAGAUACGGGACAAGAUUUAUGGCAUCUUGGGUCUGUUUGAACCGGGUUUCAUACCUGUUGACUAUGAUCUGCCCGUGGAAGAUAUCUUUCGUCAGUUUGCAGAGGCUGUGAUCAAACUCACCAAAGAUCUCAGCAUCCUGGGGGAUAUCGGCGCAAAGCGCAGUUAUCCAAACCUUCCAUCUUGGGUACCUGACUUCACGGAUACUUCGACCAACAGUCUCGCAGGGGAUAACUGGUACGCACCGUAUCGCAAAGACGCUGAGGAGAACUACGAUGUUCGGUGUGCAGAUGGAACGCAGCUUAGUUUUCCCAGGGAACAGCUAGGCAGAGAGUAUCUUCCAGGCUUGAAGUUUUCGAAAUAUGGGAGUUUGACGAUCAGGGGCAAGAUGGUUGAUACGAUUCGGGAGGUUGGGCCGGAACUUGAAGAUGGUGUUGGCCAUGCACCAGGAAGUGAGGGCUUUGCAAGGGUGAUGAAAGAUUGGGAAAGUCUUGCUGUCAAACUCGUUCCCGAGUGGAAGGAUUCUGAAUCUUCAUUGAGCCAGGCUUUUGCAACGACACUCACGGCAACUCAUGGUUCUGAGCUCUUCAGCGUUGGUGUGGGCUUCACCCAGUGGUAUCGUCACUGCGGCGCCGGUAUUCUCGAGUCAGCAGAUGCGUCCAUGUUUCUUCGCGACCGCGAGUUCUACCUCUGGUGGUUAAGCGUCGGGAAAGACACAGAAGAAAAGGACCCCGACUCAAGUUCUGAGGAGAAAUCAGACGAAGAACCUGAAGCUAUUGGGUAUGAUCUCAGAGAAUUCUUCGAAAAGUUCACCUUUGCGAGCUAUGGGCGGUGUCUUUUCACUAGUGAGAAGGGGUCUUUGGGACUUGCGAGUCCGAGAGCGAAAGCGGGGGAUCGGGUUAUUUAUUUCCCUGGUUCAACUGAACCGUUUUUGUUGAGGAAGAGGGAGGGAGAGGGAUGGUUGUUGGUGAGUGAUUGUUACUUGUAUGGGCUUGACUUGGAUAUGUUGUUUCAUGAUGCGGAGCAUUUGGUCGAGAACUUCGAGAUCUACUGA